GUUAUGAUUCAAGUAUUCGACCGUUGCAACAUCCAUCACCCCACUAAAACUUGAAACAUCUACUUAACCAUAUAUUAAGCUGUUCUCCUUCAUCAAAUUAUUUCUGUCGAUAGAUCGAUUUUUUUUCUCUCUUCUAUCUACAAUGGCAAAUCCAUCCGAAGCUUCACAACCCCUACAAGAAUUAAACCAAUCAAUAGUUGGCUGCAAAACGCCUCCUCUUCCAAAUCAUCAAAAAUUGGAAGAAAUUCAAAAUUCUGCUAAUCAUAUUCAUGAUAACUGCAAGUGCAAAGUUUCAGCAGGAUUAGGCACUCCAGACCGCCUUAAACUCCCUAAACCAUUCAAAUUUCCAGAGAGGUAUACCAGUCCAACAGACCAUAUGAUAUCUCCAAUAUCUAAGGGUCUUCUUGCUCGAAGCAGGAGGAGCGCUCUCUUGCCACCCUCCAUAAUCCAGUCCAAGAUUCAUGAACUACGAUGUGCAAACGUGGAGCAAAAUAAGCUGCACGUCGAACAAUGAAUUUGAUAUCCAUAAGAGUGUGAUCAAUGAAGAGGAUUGGUGCAAGGUUUGACAAGGCUAUUGACAUGGAGCAUGAGCACCUCACUGAUUAUGAUACACAGGUGCUGGAAACUGUGGAGGAGGGGAGUUUGAAGUCACAUAUGGGAAUGUCACUUUCCCAAUCAGCUUGGCUUGGUUAAAUUGUGGGUGUGGUAAGUAGCAAGGAUGGGGUAUCCCUUGCAAGCAUGCCUUGAGGUGUACAAUGAGAGAGUUGACCCUAUGGCCUAUGUGUCUGAUUAUUACUAGGGGGCAGUUUACAAGGUAACUUAUGUUGAGCACAUCCAUCCCAUGGUUGAUCAAUCUCAAUGGCUAGAUUUCAACCUCCUGCUAAUUCACCCUCCAAGCAAGAAAAGAGGUGUUGGUAGACCUCCAAAACAGAGGAAAAGAGGUGUGAAUGAAGCUAAGAAGGCCAAGAGACACAGCGAAGUGCAGCAAGUGCAAGGAGAUGGGCCAUAAUGCAAGAACAUGUGGCAGAGGGGAUGCAAGAAAAAAAGAUCAAGGCCACAAGCUGAGAGUGAGGCUAGCACUUCCAAGAAGACACAGAAGAGAGCAAGAAAGGCCACGUAAGCAACCUAGCAACAUUUGCAACUUUUGAACAGAUUUUUUUUGGGGAAUUAACUUAAAGCAGUGUUUUUAAAAGCUACAUUGAUAUGUUUGAAAACCAGUUUUUGUAAAGAUACAAUGAUUUAGUGUCCUUUGUGAUUUGGGGAAGUCAGUUUUUGUAAAGAAACUAAACUUGGUUUAUCUUUUUUGGAUGUGCAUACAUGUUUAUGCUACAAUGAUAAUUAUGUUAAGCAACUUUUUUUUCA